GCUGGAGCUGUAAUGGACGUCAACACUGCUCUUCAAGAGGUGCUGAAGACCGCCCUCAUCUACGAUGGCCUAGCACGUGGCCUACAGGAAGCUGCCAAAGCCUCAGACAAGCACCAGGCCCACCUUCGUGUGCUGGCAUCCAACUGUGCUGAGGCCAUGUAUGUCAAGCUGGUGGAGGCACUGUGUGCUGAGCACCAGACCAACCCGAUUAAGGUCAGUGACAACAAGAAACUGGGGGGCUGGGUAGGCCUCUGUAAAGUUGAUCAAGAGGGGAAGCCACGGAAAGUGGCUGGCUGCGGUUGCAGUUGUACAGUGGUUAAGGACUAUGGCAAAGUAUCUCAGGCCACGGAUGCCAUCGAGGAGGACUUCAAAUGUAAGAAAUGA